AUGGCGCAGGAUACCUACAUGGGCACUUUUGACGAGGUGUCCAAGUAUAACAUCUCGCUCAACUAUGCCGAACGUUUGUGGCUUGCCUGGUACACAUACAUGCAAAACGACGUCCUUGCCACCGGCAUCAUGUCUUUUGUUAUGCACGAAGCUAUCUACUACGGACGCUCGCUCAUGUGGGCAAUCGUUGGCAUGAUCCCCUACUUCCAAAAGUACAAGAUUCAAAGCGCCAAAAUCCCCUCCGCUUACGAACAGUGGCAAUGCGCCUUCCUCGUCCUCCUCUCUCACGUCACAGUCGAACUUCCCCAGAUUUGGCUCUUUCACCCUCUUUGCCAGUAUUUUGGAUUGAGUACCACGGUUCCCUUCCCCAGCGUGUACAAGAUGGCCUACCAGAUUGCUAUCUUCUUCGUCAUUGAGGAUGCAUGGCAUUAUUGGAUGCACCGCGCCAUGCACUGGGGCCCCCUGUACAAGAACAUCCACAAGAUUCACCACCAAUACUCCGCGCCCUUCGGUCUGGCCGCCGAAUACGCCUCCCCUAUCGAGGUCAUGGUGCUCGGCUUCGGUACCGUCGGAUCGCCUAUCAUUUGGUGCUGCAUCACUGGUGACCUACACAUCCUGACCAUGUACAUCUGGAUCGUCCUCCGCGUGUGCCAGGCCAUCGAUGCCCACAGUGGUUAUGAGCUUCCUUGGAGUCUACACCACUUCCUACCCUUCUGGGCUGGUGCUGAGCACCACGAUGUUCACCACGAACGUUUCAUCGGCAACUACUCGAGUAGCUUCAGGUGGUGGGACUUCGUAUUGGACACGGAGGCUGGCCCCGAAGCAUCCAAGAGGAGGCGCGAGAGAAAGAUGGCUUCCAUGAAGAAGGCCCAGUAAUGGUUUCCAAUGGGUGGAAGGAAGUGUCAAUCUUGAUGAAAUUCAAUAUUCUCAUGGCGCUUGCCACUUCGCAAUCGAACUUUUCAUUAGCAUUUUUGUACGGCGUUGCAUUAGAAUUGGGAGUCCAGAACUUUCCACCGAAUCGCUUCUUUUGACAGUUGACGACCUUACAUACGAAUGUUGUUUAAUGGACGGAAGGGGCCUACCCAGAUGCUGGGUGGGCACUGCAAAUACUUAAAUUACUUAAUACUAUCACGAUCGUUUUUUGAACUUUGGAGCGACGUGGCUCUGCCUUUGCCUUUACUGUCUUUUUAGGUUGCUCCGCUCCGUCUCCAUGCUUGGUUGCAAUCCUGCAUAUAGUAUCAUGAUUCUCUUGAAAGUGCCAUGAAUUUCGUAACGUUUCUGGUAGGUAGGUUGACGUAGUGAGCAGACUAGAAGAUUCACUCGAAGAAUUUUUUUUUAAAGAGUUUCCCU